AAGCAACUGUUACAAAACAUUUUCAAGCAUUUGUUGAUUAUUCAGGGAGUCAGAUACUUCACUUUACUAUUACAAAAUAUCUGAUUUUUAGAAUUGAUCAAUCAUGAAGAACCAAUACAUUUACGCAGUCAUCCUCUUGAUACCCGUCAUUUGUUCGACUACAAUUGCAGACUCUCUAAGAUUUAGAAAUUAUGUGAAUGAGUUUGGAGAACCAAACGAGGAUGCAUUACUGGAACUUAUUGCUCGAUAUGGACAAACAAUACUUCGUGCAAAAGAUGAUUUGGAAAACAAUUUUUCCAGCUCAAAACGAACAGUCGAUUUUGGAUUAUCCCGGGGUUACUCUGGAGCACAAGAAGCUAAGCAUCGUAUGGCAAUGGCGAUCGCUAAUUUUGCUGGAGGUCCGGGACGAAGACGCAGAUCAUAUGUAGAUAAGUCGAUGGGAGUAGCUAAACCGUUAGCAGCGGAACUACAAUAAGGUGCAACAAAUAUUAUUCAUAUUUUAUUUUGUUUGAAAUUCAAGGCUCAUUAAAGACAGAUGAUGAACGUGUAAUGUAAUUCAUAUACCUUUAUUAGAAUAAGUGCGUAACUAAAUAUUUUAAAAGUCCAACCUCGAGUCCAACAAAAAGUUUACAUAAGGCUAAAACAAUAAUCCUAAAUGUUUCAGGUUUCCUCCCACGUAAUUUUUUCUGAAAAUCAUAGGUGGGAUAUCGAAUAUCGAGUAUUUCAAAUUUUAGUACAUUUUUAUUCUAAAUUCUUUGAAAAUGAUCAAAAUUUCCGUAAAAAUAUCAGUUUAAAUUUCGAUAUUUUUACACAUUUUCAAAUUUUUUGAGAAAAAUGAUCAAUUUUGUAAAAAUAUUUAUCCCUCCUAAUUUUUCAAAAUUUAUGUUCAAAAACUUUACGUUACACAAACUUUAUGUUAACUUCUUGACAAUUAUAGAGAAAAGUGAAUGUUUUUACACUAAAAGAUACUCGAUACUCGAUAUACAUCCUACCUAAUUUUCAGAAGGCAUAUGAAACCUGAUACGACGAAAAGAAAAAUUGU